CGGAGGGAUGGCGAGCUGGUCGCCCGGGCUGCAGGGGCACCGGCGCGGGGCGUAGGCUGGCGCGGGCGGGCGGGCGGCGCGGGCGCAUCGGCUCGGGCGCGGGGGCAUUUGCGGUAGGAUGAGGCUCCCGGCGGGCGCGCGGUAGUACUAUGAUUUGGUAUGUGGCCACUUUGAUAGCAAGUGUGAUCGGCACCCGAGGUCUCGCGGCUCAAGGUGCCCACGGCCUGCGAGAGGAGCCGGAGUUUGUGACUGCCCGCGCUGGCGAGGGCGUGGUUCUGCGAUGCGACGUCAUCCACCCGGUGACAGGCCAGCCCCCACCCUAUGUCGUGGAGUGGUUCAAGUUCGGGGUGCCCAUCCCCAUCUUCAUCAAGUUCGGCUACUAUCCCCCUCACGUGGACCCUGAGUAUGCAGGGCGGGCGAGUCUUCACGACAAGGCAUCCCUGCGGCUGGAGCAGGUGCGCUCUGAAGACCAGGGCUGGUACGAGUGCAAAGUUCUCAUGCUGGACCAGCAAUAUGACACCUUCCACAACGGCAGCUGGGUGCACCUCACCAUCAACGCUCCCCCGACCUUCACAGAGACGCCCCCCCAGUACAUCGAGGCCAAGGAGGGCGGCAGCGUCACCAUGACCUGCUCUGCCUUCGGGAACCCCAAGCCCGUCGUCACAUGGCUGAAGGAGGGGAUGCUGCUGGGAGCAAGCGGGAAGUUCCAGGUGAGUGAUGGCAGCCUGACGGUGACCGCAGUGAGUCGGGAGGACAGGGGCGCCUACACGUGCCGUGCAUAUAGCAUCCAAGGCGAGGCCGUCCACACCACCCACCUGCUGGUUCAAGGGCCCCCCUUCAUCGUCUCGCCGCCCGAGAACAUCACUGUCAACAUCUCCCAGGAUGCUCUGUUCACCUGCCGGGCGGAAGCGUAUCCCGGCAACCUCACCUACACCUGGUACUGGCACGACGAGAAUGUCUACUUUCAGAAUGACCUGAAGCUGCGCGUGCGGAUCCUCAUUGACGGCACCCUCAUCAUCUUCCGGGUGAAGCCCGAGGAUGCAGGGAGGUACACCUGCGUCCCGAGCAACAGCCUGGGCCGCUCGCCGUCCGCCUCCGCCUACCUCACGGUGCAGUACCCCGCCCGAGUCCUCAACAUGCCGCCCGUCAUCUACGUGCCCGUGGGUAUUCACGGCUACAUCCGCUGCCCCGUGGACGCGGAGCCGCCGGCCACCCUGGUCAAGUGGAACAAGGACGGACGGCCCCUGCAGGUGGAGAAGAACCUGGGCUGGACCCUCCUGGAGGACGGCUCCAUCCGCAUCGAGGAGGCCACAGAGGAGGCGCUGGGCACGUACACCUGUGUGCCUUACAACACGCUGGGGACCAUGGGCCAGUCGGCCCCCGCGCGGCUCGUCCUGAAGGACCCCCCGUACUUCACGGUGCUGCCAGGCUGGGAGUACAGGCAGGAGGCGGGCCGGGAGUUGCUUAUCCCGUGUGCUGCUGCUGGCGACCCCUUCCCUGUCAUCACCUGGAGAAAGGUAGGGAAGCCCAGCAGGAGCAAGCACAGUGCCCUGCCCAGCGGAAGCCUGCAGUUCCGCGCGCUGAGCAAGGAGGACCACGGCGAGUGGGAGUGUGUCGCCACCAACGUGGUCACCAGCAUCACUGCCAGCACCCACCUGACCGUCAUCGGCACCAGCCCCCACGCCCCGGGCAGUGUCCGGGUCCAGGUGUCCAUGACGACGGCCAACGUGUCCUGGGAGGCGGCCUACGACGGAGGCUACGAGCAGACAUUCUCAGUCUGGUACGGCCCUCUGAUGAAGCGGGCACAGUUCGGGCCCCACGAUUGGCUGUCUCUGCCGGUGCCCCCGGGCCCCAAUUGGCUGCUGGUGGACGGCCUGGAGCCCGAGACGGCCUACCAGUUCAGCGUCCUGGCUCAGAACAGGCUGGGGAGCAGCGCCUUCAGUGAGGUGGUCACUGUGAACACUUUAGCAUUCCCGAUCACAACUCCAGAACCCCUGGUGCUCGUCAGCCCACCGAGGUGCCUCACAGCCAACCGGACGCAGCAGGGCGUGCUCCUGGCCUGGCUGCCCCCCGCCAACCACAGCUUCCCUAUCGACCGCUACGUCAUGGAGUUCCGCGUGGGCGAGCGCUGGGAGACCCUGGACGAUGCCAUCCCGGGCACCGAAGGGGACUUCUUCGCCAAGGACCUGUCCCAGGACACCUGGUAUGAGUUCCGGGUUCUGGCCGUCAUGCAGGAUCUCAUCAGCGAGCCCAGCAACAUCGCCGGGGUCUCCAGCACAGACAUCUUCCCGCAGCCCGACCUGACGGAUGACGGCCUCGCCCGGCCAGUGCUGGCCGGCAUCGUGGCCACCAUCUGCUUCUUGGCGGCUGCUAUCCUCUUCAGCACCCUGGCCGCCUGCUUCGUGAACAAGCAGCGCAAACGUAAGCUCAAGCGCAAAAAAGACCCUCCACUCUCCAUCACUCACUGCAGGAAGAGCCUGGAGUCUCCCUUGUCCUCCGGGAAGGUGAGCCCCGAGAGCACCCGCACGCUCCGGGCCCUGUCCGAGUCCUCCGACGACCAGGGCCAGCCGGCCGCCAAGCGGAUGCUGAGCCCCACGCGGGAGAAGGAGCUGUCCCUGUACAAGAAGACCAAGCGGGCCAUCAGCAGCAAGAAGUACAGCGUGGCCAAGGCGGAGGCGGAGGCCGAGGCCACCACGCCCAUCGAGCUCAUCAGCCGCGGGCCCGACGGCCGCUUCGUCAUGGACCCGUCCGACAUGGAGCCGUCCGUGAAGAGCCGGCGCAUCGAGGGCUUCCCCUUCGCCGAGGAGUCCGACAUGUACCCCGAGUUCCGCCAGUCGGACGAGGAGAACGAGGACCCGCUGGUGCCCACGUCCGUGGCCGCCCUCAAGGCCCAGCUGACCCCGCUCUCGUCCAGCCAGGAGUCCUACCUGCCGCCGCCCGCCUACAGCCCUCGCUUCCAGCCCCGGGGCCUGGAGGGGCGGCUGCAGGCCACGGGCCAGGCCCGGCCCCCCGCGCCCCGGCCCUUCCACCACGGCCAGUAUUACGGGUACCUGAGCAGCAGCAGCCCCGGCGAGGUGGAGCCGCCGCCCUUCUACAUGCCCGAGGUGGGCAGCCCGCUGAGCUCCGUGCUGUCCUCCCCGCCCCUGCACAGCGAGGGCCCCUUCGGACACCCCACCAUCCCCGAGGAGAACGGGGAGAACGCGUCCAACAGCACGCUGCCUUUGACUCAGACGCCCACGGGCGGCCGCUCGCCCGAGCCCUGGGGCCGGCCCGAGUUCCCCUUCGGGGGCCUGGAGGCGCCGGCCAUGAUGUUCUCCCACCAGCUGCCCCCUUGCGACGUCCCCGAGAGCCUGCAGCCCAGGGCCGGCCUCCCACGGGGCCUGCCGCCCGGGCCCCUGCAGGUGCCCGCGGCCUACCCGGGCAUCCUGUCUCUGGAGGCUCCCAAGGGCUGGGCCGGCAAGUCCCCGGGCCGCGGGCCCGUGCCCGGGCCCGGCGCCACGGCCACCGCCAAGUGGCAGGACAGACCUCUGCAGCCGCUGGUGGGCCAGGGGCAGCUGCGACACACCAGCCAAGGCAUGGGCAUACCCGUGUUGCCUUACCCCGAGCCGGCCGAGCCCAGCACGCUCGGCCUGGACACCCGGUGGUACGAGCCCCAGCCCCGGCCCCGGCCCAGCCCCCGGCAGGCCCGGCGUGCCGAGCCCAGUUUACAUCAAGUGGUGCUACAGCCCGCACGGCUCUCGCCUCUGACCCAAAGCCCCCUGAGCUCGCGCACCAGCUCCCCGGAGCUGGCUGCCCGCGCCCGGCCGCGCCCCGGCCUCCUGCAGCAGGCCGAGAUGUCCGAGAUCACGCUGCAGCCCCCAGCCGCCGUCAGCUUCUCCCGCAAGCCCACGCCGCCGUCCACGGGCUCCCCGACCCAGAGCAGCGGCAGCAGCCUCAGCUUUCGGCCGGCCAUGGGCUUCACCGCGCUGGCCACCAGCUGCCCCUCCCCGCCGCCGCCGGGGCCCCCAGACACCCUGGACGUGUUCGGCCAGACGCCCUCCCCUCGGAGGGUGGGGGAGGAGCUGCUCCGACCAGAGGGGCCCCCCCCACCGCUUCCCCCUUCCGGAACACGCCCGCCGGCGCCCGGGAGCCCUGCUGCGCCUGAGAGGCUGGAGGCCCUGAAAUACCAGCGGAUAAAGAAGCCCAAAAAGUCAUCCAAGGGCUCCUCGAAGUCCAAGAAACGAUCCGACGGUUCUGCCUCCCAGGCGCAGCAGCUCCCCGACUCCCAGGUCCUGUGGCCCGACGAGGCCGUCUCCCUCCGGAAGAAGAAGAGACACCCCCGGCCGGACCCCUUUGCCCGCCUCUCGGACUUGUGCCACCGGCAGCUUCCGGAAGACCAGACGGCCAUUCUCAACAGCAUGGACCAGGACGACCCCGGCCACGCCACUCUGCUGUGACCCUCCCGCCCUCUCUAAAUGCCCCCGCAGUGCGAGAGGGU